AUGCCUCAAAACGGCUACACCCUCCUACCGACCUCCUCACCUUCUCUCGGCUACACCCCUCCGUCUGGCAGACCACGCUUGACUCGGCGCAACCUCACUAUCGCUCUCGUGACUCUAACAAUAGGGACUUCCUACUUUGUGGGGUUCUCUGGACACGAUGAACGGUUAAACAAGAUGGCUACUUGGGGGAAUGACAAUUUUGGCGAAUGGAUACCGUCAUCGGUGCUGGGAAACGGAGAGACGAAAGAGUGCAGAGGGUGGGAUCCGUCAAGACCAGAGUCUGAAGACCCAGUCGGCUGUCUGAAAGCGAGGCAAUACAGGCAGACGCAGGCUGUUCUGCAAAGGGAGAUCGAACACCAGCAUGAACACUGGUACUUUGCGGUGGACCACAAUGUGGAUACUUUUACCAAAAUGAGCAAGUGCUUCUUGCCGGUGUCAGAUCCCGACUAUACACCAUGCCCUGAAAAGCCCCUCGUCCUUUCCGGGUGGUGGUACACGGCGACGGUGUUGACCGAAACUACCACGGGCGAAGUCGUUUGGCAGCGCUCUGUCCUGGAGCAACUUGAGAAAUUGGGUUACUUCUGGGUUGGCAUUGGACCUUAUCAGAAUUGGAUCCAAGCCGCCGAGAUGAUGCCUGACGUUUACAAAACACUUUGGGGCAGUGAUAUGGAGGUUGUCUCUUGCGCUACCGACCCUCGGUGUAUCGCCAAAGAGCAUUACACCCCUCCAGAGGGCGCUGAGGAUCUCUCAAUCGGCAUACCUGAUGAGGAGAGAGGUGUCAUCCCGCUCUGGGCUCUGAAUGUUGUAGACUAUUGGGGAGCACGUCCUAAGCAGAUUUCGCACAACGAAUACUGGUGGGGAAUUACCGAGAAGGGUGAUUGGAGCUACCAACCGCUUGGGCAAGAAUGGAUUGCGACACCUUGGCCACUUCCAGGUGGACACUUCCACUUGCCCUACACGAUGGAAGAACAGUGCAUGGCACUCCCCUUCACGCCUCUUGAAGAGCGAAGGGAUUCUGCUUUGAUCCUCGCGAAGCGUUCUGCAUACUUCCACUACCACCACGUCUCUCCUCCUGAGUUCUGGACCAACCUCACCCGCGUUGACGGCAUUGACCUCAUCUCCACGGCCAAUAUCGAAGAAGGCAUGCCCAUGCCUGAUGGACUGGAGACGAUCGGCAUGCAGAGCAUUGACGGCUAUAACGAGCUGGUCGGCAGCGUCAAGGCUAUGAUCGGUGUCGGAGUCCCCACCAUCAGUCCCAGUGUCUAUGCUUCUUUGUGUCAGGGUACCCCAGUGAUCGUCCCCGUCUUCUACGACGAGCAAGAGCCAUCCGAAUGGCGACAUUACUCUGGUUUCUCCCAGCAUGGCCCUGCUCUGCGCAUCGGAGAACCCUACGUCUACUCUUACAACGCCAAAAACUACACCGAGCUUGUGGAGGUUGUCAAGCGGGCCAUGUCUACGCCCAUUGAGCGAUUCAUCCCAGAGGACAUGCGCUUGGACUAUACCGUUAGCAAACUCCAGGAGUAUCUCGACCGAGACUUGGAGGGGAUGAUGCGAGUCAAGGUGGAGGAGAAUGGAGGGCAGGUGCCUGCGUUGGGGAAGGGAUUGCGGGAGAGGUGUCAUGAGCUGAAGAGGUGUCAGCCGGAACUAGCAAAGGGCAGGGUUCCGAGCUUGCCAGGGAGAAGUUUGUAA